UAAAUAGAGAAAAAAAGAAACUGAAAAAAAAUGAAAAAAAACAUGCGAAAAAAGUAAAUAAAGAAAAAGAAGCAAAAAAGAGUAAAAAAAAAAAAGGAGAAAAUGAAGAAAAUGAAGAGAAAGGAGCAAAAAGAAGCAAAAAAAAAGAAAAAAGCAAAAAGAAUAAUAUGCAAAAGUGGCAAGACAAAAGCAGCAAGAUGAAAAUAACAAAGCAAAAGCAGCAAAGCAAAAGCAGCAAAGCAAAA